CCUUUCCUUCCGUGGAUGAUUUAAGAGCAGCGCUAAAAGUCCGCGGUGAGGCUUGGACGGUUCCGCGGGGCGUUAUGGCUGCUUCUGGGACGCUGAGCGCUUUUCGUCUCCCGCCGUUGCCCACGAUUCGAGAAAUCAUUAAGUUAUUCAGGCUGCAAGCAGCGAAGCAGCUAUCCCAGAAUUUUCUCCUGGACUUGAAGCUGACAGAUAAAAUCGUAAGGAAAGCUGGGAAUCUGACAAAUGCUUAUGUUUAUGAAGUGGGCCCUGGGCCAGGGGGAAUCACAAGAUCCAUUCUCAAUGCCAAUGUUGCUGAACUUUUGGUGGUUGAAAAGGAUAGUCGAUUUAUUCCUGGAUUACAGAUGCUUUCUGAUGCAGCACCUGGAAAACUGAGAAUUGUCCAUGGAGAUGUAUUGACAUUUAAGAUAGAAAGGGCUUUUCCAGGAAGUCUUAAAAGACAGUGGGAGGAUGGUUGUUUUUUCUCCUGCUUACCAGAUCCUCCAAAUAUACAUAUUAUUGGAAAUCUGCCUUUUAAUGUAUCAACUCCGCUGAUUAUCAAGUGGCUUGAAAAUGUUUCUUGUAAAGGUGGACCUUUUGUUUAUGGCAGAACCCAGAUGACGUUGACUUUUCAAAAGGAAGUGGCAGAGAGACUGACAGCCAAUACAGGAAGCAAACAGCGAAGUCGCCUUUCUGUUAUGGCCCAGUACCUCUGCAAUGUUCAACACAUCUUGACAAUUCCAGGUCAGGCUUUUGUCCCUAAACCAGAGGUGGACGUGGGCGUGGUGCACUUCACUCCCCUGGUGCAGCCCAGGAUCGAGCAGCCCUUCAAGCUGGUGGAGAAGGUCGUUCAGAACGCAUUUCAGUUCCGGAGGAAAUACUGCUAUCGAGGGCUUGGAAUGUUAUUCCCUGAAGUUCAGCGCGUGGAAAGCACUGGAAAACUGUUAGAGUUGGCAGACGUGGACCCUACCCUUAGGCCCAGCCAGCUCUCUGUUUCACAUUUUAAGAGCCUGUGUGAUGUAUACCGAAAAAUGUGUGAUGAAGACCCACACCUCUUUGCUUAUAAUUUCAGAGAAGAACUCAAACAAAAUAAAAGCAAAACUCAGGAAAAAGAGGACGACAAGGAGAGAGACAGACUCUAAGAGCGUAUCGAAUGUUGCUUUCCACAAUGUUAAGCGGCUCAGAUGUGUACUUUUUGUCUUCUACAGAAGGACAAUAAAAAUACGAUUACCAUAUGUGACUUAUUUCCCUUUUACUGUACAGCUUGGUGAGAAAAUAAAUAUAAUCAAAUAAGA